ACACCACAACUCGGUUCAGGCAUAUUCUCGGACACCUUCAGGCCCUUCUUCCUUUUCCUCGUCCCUGAGCGAGCCGACGCCAAGAUGAAUGACUCCAUCACUGUCAGGACCCGAAAAUUUAUGACAAACCGACUGCUUCAGAGGAAGCAAAUGGUUGUUGAUGUCCUACACCCAGGCAAAGCAACCGUCCCAAAGACGGAGAUCAGAGAAAAGCUUGCCAAAAUGUACAAAACCACCCCAGAUGUGGUGUUCGUCUUCGGCUUUAAAACUCAGUUUGGUGGUGGCAAGACAACAGGCUUUGCCAUGGUCUACGACUCAUUGGACUAUGCUAAGAAGAAUGAGCCCAAAUAUAGGCUGCAAAGGCAUGGCCUGUAUGAGAAGAAAAAGACCUCUAGAAAACAGCGCAAGGAACGCAAAAACAGAAUGAAGAAAGUUAGAGGAAUCAAGAAAGCCAGUGUUGGUGCUGCUGGCAAAAAGAAGUGAGGUUUCAGGAGAAGUAAGACCUUCAGGGAAGACCAUCAUCCUGAAAAUGUUCUUGUACAUUGUCAACAAAUAAAUUCGCUAAAAAAUGGA